AUGUCCUGUCGCGGUCGUUGGCGUGGGUUGGAUGAACAGGCACAGCUAGCUGACAAAGAGGCUAGGUUCAGCCAGGCGCUCGGCAGGAUGCAGCACUACGGCCAAUCAGACAACAGCGCCGAAGACGAUCCGGUCCUUUCGUCAACAGAUAGUGAAGAUGGCGACGACGACACCUACGACACCGACAACGACAAUAACAGCGACCAAGACACCGACUACGUCCCAGAAAAAUAUACCCCAACGUGUCGAAGCUCAGAAUUCGCCACAAAUCCUGCUGAGCAAACGCUCCAUACACUUUUAAACGGGCCACAGUGGCAACUGGCCAACCCUGGGGCGCGGCGUGCAGCAAGAGUAGACUACCGUCUGAAGAAGCCUGGGGAACUAAAAACAGCAGGCACAGCUAAUAAUAAAAAGAAGCGAAAACUCAAUAAAAGUGCAACCGACAGUAGUCGAGUACUGUCCCCUCUUCAUGAGCCUCAGACCAGUUCAGGAGAGGAAAAUCCAGCAAAGCAUCUUCCUCCUGACCCUGAGAUUCUAGCGCGCUGGGGAAAGCGCCGUCAGGAAGAAAACAAGUCGCGUUGAUUGUCUAACAACACAUUCAUCGGGACACAGGACGACUGCAACCGUUGGAUUUGGGAGGGUGCUCCGAAACCACGCAUCAUAGCCGAAUUUGAUCACACUAUCCUUCACAGCGCGUCUCAACCAUCAAGCAAUAUGCGGACCCCAGGCUAUAUCCCGUCCAAUGGACCUGCCAACAACAUUGUGCAGGAAUAUCUAUCUCCAGAUGAUGCCUACCCAGCAAGCUUCCAGGACUUCAAGGCGAUGACAGAUGCUGAGAAGAUUGAGGUAAUCGCUCGUGAGGCCGAAGAGCAUGGGCUGGAGCGACCCAAAGGAUGGAAUGUCUCGUUUCACUAUAACCCGCAUGUCGAGUAUCAUCACUUUGGCAGCUCGCAUCCCAUGAAACC